AUGCUGCACACAGGAAUAGCAACCCUAUAUUCUGCCCAUCCUGGCUCCGUUGCGGUCCUCUCUCCGGAUCCACCUCCUGGCCAAUGUUGUCUGGAUGGCUGGGUCGGAUACCAAGGGAAAUGCUACUAUUUCUCCGAGGCUGAAGAGAACUGGAACAACAGCCAGAGCCACUGCUCUGCGCUUGGUGCUUCCCUGGCUGUGAUUGACAGCGAGCAGGAAAUGACGUUCCUGCUGCGCUAUAAAGGCAAACUUAACCAUUGGCUCGGCCUCUGGAGGGAUCAGGACCAGGACCAGGACCAGCCCUGGAAAUGGGCCAAUGGCACCGAAUUCAGCAACCAGUUUGAAAUUAGAGGAGGAGGACACUGUGCAUAUCUGAGCGGUGGAUUUGUUGGCUCUUCAAGGUGCACCUCACUCACAAACUGGAUCUGCAGCAAACAUGACGCGUAUACGGUGGGAAAGGGAACUGCACUGCCUAGGAUAUAAAAGCUUGAGAAUCAUCUAAAUGUGAUCUGGAAAAGCUUGAAGACAGG